ACACUGCCACCUUCACCUCCACCUCAUCUCUCUCUCGGUCUCGGGCUCCAUUCCUCCCGGCGCCGCCGCCGCCGUGCUUCCCAAUCUCCACACAGACCAUGGAAUGCCUCCCUCCCGGUUUGAAGCCGGAGAGGCCGGAGAGCCCGCCCGCCGUGGCUUUGGUUGCGCAAGCGAGAGGAGGGUGGCGAGCAGUGCCGUUGACCCGUCGUGGGAGGCCGCCCAAGGAGACGCCGCGCCGUGCAGGAGAGCAGCGCGCGCCCGCCGCUACGUACGGCCCGAUGAGGCGUCGGCCGGACGGCACCACGACUUCCGCGGAUCCACCUUCUCCGAAGCCGAAUUCAUGGAUCGCCGCUUGGAGCUUCCGAAGCCGGACAUGCUGCGGCCUUCUUCUCCAACUCUGACCGCCUUCAUCCCCACGGCCGGUGAUCCACAGUCAAAUUCCUUUCCCCCCUCAACUAAUUUGAUGCCUCCUACUGCUUUGCUCACUCUCUGUUUCAAGCCAUGAAUUCAAUAGCUUCCUCUCCACUCUACAGCAGCAGGUGAGAUUCAGAGGCUGGUUUCUGAAUGUUACCAUGUAUUUGCACUAGUAACUGAAUAUAUACUAGUUAAACAUGUCUUGUUGCAGCCAUAAGAGUGAUAGUAGGUGCAGCCAUAAGGUUUCGUCGUCUCUCCCUCAAAGCUUGAAGGAAGAUCCUCAACUAUUUCAAAAGGCCCAAACAUUCUUCAGAUUUUCUGAUCUUUGUCAUGGCUGUCAACUUUUGGCUUUCAAACUUAAAACAGGUGUACAAAGAUGCAUCCAUCUCUAUCUCUCAUACUUAAAAUACGUGUGCAGGUUGAGCACCUUUGAAGCGAACCUCUUCCUGUGCGGGCUGCUGAAAAUGGCUGGAUCACGGCUGCUCUGGCGCACCAACCAUCCUGUGGCAAUGCUGCCUAUUGUGCUCAAUGAUCAAGGCAUAGUUGACAGCCUUACUGAAAAUAAUCAGAGAAGCAUGUGGGCUAGCACAAGGAUAGGGGAGGACGAACAACUCUACUUAGUCCAUGUUCAGGGCACUGCUGGCAUCGGUCUCCCGAUUACGCUGGCUGUCAAGAAGUUCCAGAACUCGGACGGAAUAGUGGAUGGUAAUCUGGAGAACCGCUGCAAGUCGGAGAUGAUCCUGUUAGCCAGCAUCCGUCACGACAACAUCGUCAACGUCCUACACUUCAUCCAGAGGGAAAAUGCACUAUUGCUCGUUUACACGUACCAGGUGAACGGCAGCCUUGACCAGUGGCUGCACCGUCGAGAGGAGGGUGACCUGCCGCUGAGCUGGCCGCAGAGGAAGGCCAUUGCCAUUGGCGUGGCCCAAGGGCUCCGCCACUUACACCACGGAUGUAAUAGACCCAUUGUCCACCACAACAUCACCUCUACCAACAUCCUGCUUGAUCAUAAUUUCAAGGCCGUGAUAGCCAGUUUUGGUGCUGCACAGAUGAACAUGGCCGGGCUCAACCAACCAUUGCCUAUCGCGUGGACUGUGUUUGGUAACUUCGGGUAUGCAGCUCCAGAAUAUGGGAGGGCUGCAAGCCAGCUGACGGAGAAGGUAGACACGUACAGCCUUGGUGUGGUGCUGCUGGAGCUUGUCACAGGGCGGGUGGCCGAUGGGGUGGAUGGUCAGUUGGCCAUAUGGGCUCGUGACAACUGCAGUGAACUGAUGGCAAAGAAGCUGGAACGGUUCAAGAUUGCUGUGGACAAGGGCAUCCCAGAUCAAGCACAGUACAUGGAGGAGAUGGCGACCGUGUUCAGACUGGGUGUGGAUUGCACUGUCGAUGAUCCGCAGCAAAGGCCGUCCAUGCAGAUGGCUUUCAAACGACUCCGCCGCGGUCGUGGGCUUGGCCGAUUCGGUGGCCUUCUCACCUGCUAUAACCUAUACAUCACCAGUGAGGAUGUUACCCAAGUGAAAAAAGAGCUUAUGUUCUGUGGUACUUUGAAGUUUGAAGUGUAUGCUCUGCUUUCUUUUUGCUUGGCAAGAAAAGCCUCAGGAUGCCCCAAAGCCAAGGGAGGAUGGUUGCAAGGGAAAAUGGUUGCAAACUUCCCGCUUGAAUGCAAGGUUGUUCCUAGCCUUUUGUGUUUCUGCACUAGGGGAAUGCAUUCCGUAUUUGCAUCAGACUAUGAGACUGUAGGGGCAGUUGCGUUCAUUCGAUAAAGCACAAGUGAAAUGAGGUGAGGAAAGUGGCCAUGCUCGAUGGAGUGACCACCUUGUUGUCUGGGAAGGGGAAGUGAAGGAUGGGCUUGUCCUCGAUGGCAACAACAUCCAGAUCAUCUCAUUCCACAACACUUAUCAACCAGGAUCAGUCAGACAGUCACACACACAUGAAUUUAUUGUUGUCAGUAGCGUUCACCUCUGCAGAAUUCAGCUACUCGUUUCCCUUGUUGCUAGUGGCGAGGACUUAGCAAUUAGUAUUUGGCAUAACAUCAUCCUGGAGGUCACUUUUUAUAUUUACUUGCCCUGUUUUCAUUGACUGGAGGUGCAUUGGACGACCAACCUGUGAUCAGCAGAACAUGUACUGAACCAAAGCAUCUACAGAGUCGGUCCAUGAGGACACCUACGACCUGCAGCAAUUCCCGUGAUGACCACACAAUAUCGAAGCCGUUUUGGGGGUGGCUACUAUGAACGGUACAGUUGGUCUGUAUAGGCUUGCAGGUUAGAACAAUAGCAGCCAUCAAUGGUGUUAGCUAGGUUAGUUUCUUCCUGAAGAUACUCUGCUAAGCUACAGGGCAGUGAUUAAGGGAUGUGUGCUGAUCACCUAGAAUUCCACUUCGUGCAGGGGGCAGACACACAUUAAGACCACAUCUGUCAUGUAUAAUCUUACUUAUAAUUGCAUAUUCAAAGUUUGACAUUGCUAACCGGGCCUGCCACCCGGUCUCAUGUACAAUCUUAUGACUUGCAAACAAGCAACAUAUCA